CGGAAAUCAGCUGUUUCGCAUUAACGCACUUGCCGAACGUGCUCGCGUCAACAAACGUGUUCACGCCUGAACGUCGCGACGUUAUGUACAGGUAGGAGUAACCUGAAAAGGUACGAGCCAAUAGCGUGGCCCCUCUCCGGCCAAUGGAACUCCAACGCCAACAGUGUUUAUCGGGCCGCGGGCAGACUUGAGACGGGCGCGAGUUCGCGUCGAACCGCGUUUGGGGUGUUUUCGCGCGUCCGUUGGCAGCCGUGUUGUGCGCGAUUUUUACCUCGCGAAGGUGGUGUAAAAUCGAAUUAAAACCAAAAAAAAGUAAUAACAAGUUAGUUAAGCGGUCGGGGUUGUUGAUACAUCAAAAGGGAGUCUUGAUGGGAGAAGAGGACGUGGUCGACGACGACGCCGUCCAUUCAUUGAAAUGGCAACAAGCGUGACGACGUCCGGCGUCGGUCGAGGUCGACGGAAACAGGCCAAACCGCAACGAAAAGUUGACGCAAUGAGUCCGGACAGCAAUCACAACGAGAUUUCCGAAAAUUCCGAGUGCCUAAGAAAGAUUCUUCUUAAUGGAGAAACGGAAGAUAAAGAGAUCGUCGAGUACAUGCAAAGAAGAGACACUGCGGUGAUUUUUCCCGAGGACACUCAAAUCGUACCAAUAUCAACUUCAAACGGAAUCCGCGAUCCCGAAGAGUUACCAUCCCCAUCUAACUCGGAUUACUUCAUGAAAUGUCCUCAGUGCCAAAAGGGAUUUCAUACGUUCGAAGCCCUCAAAGUUCACAUGGAGACGUGUCCGAAAGAAAACGGGCAAAUCUCGAGUUCGCCGAAUCUUUCCUCGGUGGUUAUUCCAUCGGGAGGUGGUAGUGCAGGGGGUUCACAUCCAUGUUCUCAGUGUUCUGCGAGUUUCAUCAACAAGGAUCAAUUGGAGAAGCACGAACUGUUGCACUCUCCAAACGGUCAAGUGUCCUGCAAAGUUUGUAACAAAACUUUUGCGAAUGUGUACCGGCUUCAAAGGCACAUGAUCAGUCACGAUGAAAGCGCCGUUUUAAGAAAAUUUAAAUGCACCGAGUGUGAUAAAGCUUUUAAAUUUAAACAUCACUUAAAGGAACAUAUAAGAAUACAUAGUGGUGAGAAGCCUUUUGAAUGUGGAAAUUGUGGGAAACGUUUUUCACAUUCAGGUUCAUACUCGAGUCACAUGACAUCAAAAAAAUGUUUGGUGAUGAAUCUAAAAUUGGGAAGAACUCGAGCUGCCAAUAACGGCAAUCACAACCUGCUGGUAGCCGAUAAAACCCAUCAAAAUAGAAAUCAAAAAAGAAACAACUCCGGGAUUUUAAACAACAAUUUAGCCGGCAGCCCGAAUCAAAACGGGAUGUUCUCAAUCCUUCCUAAAUACCCCGACACUUCGGCACUAUUCCAUCCCUUUUAUAUGCCCCCGCCCAACAUGGGAAGCAUCUCUUUACCUCCGUACUCAAUUCCAACAAUCGGGGAGUUCUUAGAGAAGCUCCAAAAAGUUUCGCCCCAAACCAACUUAAUCGAGAACGAUUGCAAAAGCGAGCACAACGAAGAAGAUGGGGAAUUAAACAAAUCGAAAUCGACGAGUUGUGGUGAUUUAGCCAUCGAUGAAGAAGAAAUCGAAGUGAAAGAAGAACCACAAGAAAACACCCCAGAAACGAAUGGAAGAGAUUUCGAAACUGUCAAAAGAAUUUUAGAAACUGUAGGAGCCACGGUGACCAAAGAAUUCCUUCAAGCCAAUAUCCAAAAAUUUUCUUCCGAUACUUCCGAUUGCAACAGUUUGUCCCAAUCACCUUUAAGAGAGUUCCUUUGUCAUGGUUGCAAAAAAACGUUUUCGUCCCAAUCGUUUUUGGACGAGCACGAUUGCGAGAUGGACGUGAAAAGCGAAGGACUAGCAGCAAAAUUAGAAGAGGCGAUCAAUACAAAAUCAGAAAGUGAUCACCCGAGUGGUUCCGACGAAGAAUACGAGCGUUCCAACGAAAUCGACGGAGAAAGAGUCGCAACAACAGACCAACUCAGCGAUGAUGGCAGAAAAGUUCGCGUUCGCUCCUUAAUUUCCGACGAACAAUUAAAAAUAUUAAAAGAUAAUUACGCGAUGAAUCCGCGACCCAAACGCGAGGAUUUAAUCCGAAUCGCUGAUCAAAUCGGGUUCUCAGUUCGCGUGGUUCAAGUUUGGUUCCAAAAUACUCGGGCUAGAGAUCGAAGGGAAGGAAGAUUGAUUCAAAUCCCUUAUUCAACACCUCAGCAGAGUUAUCCCCAAAAAUAUUCUAAUUCAAACCUUCCCCGUAGUCCUUAUUACCUCCCAAAAGACACCUACAUCUCAGAACAACCCCUCGAUUUAUCCACGAAAAAAGAUCACACCUCCAGAGAAUCAUCCCCGGCGUCUUCCCCAGCACCCAAUUCGAUCCAAAAUUCCGAUUCGGGCGAAGAAAUCGUUAAUUUAAGCCAAAAAUCUUCGAGAUCGCCGACCCCUUUUCGAAAUUAUCCCUAUCAAAGCUCGAAUUGUUCUUCGGAACCGAUUAGAAGUCCUUCGCCGGGAGAUUAUAACAACGGAAGUCGGUUGGCGCAGAUUUUGGCGCAACCUAAGUUACCUAUCCCUUCUGUUCCUAUGUCUUUGGUUCCAAUGGAUAGAUUGAUUCAAUUUGGAAAUCAAGAUUUGCAAAAUUUUAGCCAAUUGAUGACCACGAAGAGGACUUGGUCUGAAGAUGGAGAUGCGACGCAAGAAAGUGUGGAAGAGAGCGGGAAUAAAAAGUUAAAAGUGGUUAAAGGCGUUGAUAGUCCAAUGUUGAGUGGCCAAGAAGAUGUUGAGGGAUUGUUUGGAUGCGACCAAUGUGAUAAAUCAUUUUCGAAGCAAAGUUCUUUAGCUAGGCAUAAAUAUGAACAUUCAGGUCAACGUCCACACAAAUGCGACGAAUGUCCAAAAGCAUUCAAACACAAACAUCACCUAACGGAACACAAAAGAUUACACAGCGGUGAGAAGCCCUUCCAAUGUUCGAAAUGUUUGAAGAGAUUCUCGCAUUCCGGUUCUUAUAGCCAACAUAUGAACCACAGGUAUUCUUAUUGCAAACCCUACAGAGAAUAACUCCGAGUUAUUGAAACCAAUAGACAUCACACCGCAUUUAUGUGUUGAGAAGAAAUGAUUAUUACAAAUAAUUAUUAAUUUUCAAAAAAAUAUAUAAUAUUAACAAAUAACGGGCUAAUAAUUAAGAUUUUUUUAUUUUCGAUUUUAUAUUUUUAUAGUUUUCGUUGUUGAGUUAUUAUUUUUAUUUUUAUUAACAAUUUUUUUCGUUUUUUUUUUAAGAGUACCUCUUUAAGUACAGAAAAAUACGAGAGUUUUUAAUCAACUGUCUUCCCUGUAGAGGUUAAUAAAAAAAAUAAUGAUUUAAAUUUAAAUUUAAAACUCGGUGAUCUUCGCAGGCUUGGGGAUAUCGAUUGCAAUUUUUUUUUUUUAAUUUAGUUUAUAAUUUAACGUUUUAAGUGCAAUUUUCCUCAAAUAACGUGCCAUUUUUUUGUGAUUGUACCAAAAAGGAAAAACGAUCUGAUACAGAAAGAUACAUCUUGUUGAAUCAGGGUGUGGUUUUGUAGAUAAUGUAAAAAAAAAAUUAACAAAGAUAUAUUGUAGAGAAGCUUUAGUGCCAUAUUUUUUUAAUUAAAACUUAAGAGAUUUUUGCUAAAUACGUAAUUGUGAUUUUUGGAGGGCUUAAUUGUGUUGGUUUCGCAGACAUCGACGAAAAUGAGAAAUUCAAAUUUUUUACGCCCUUUAAUUUAGCCAAAAAAGGAUAAAUAAAAUAAUUUUUUUAUUUUAUCUCAAAGAACAGUACAAUAAGAUGAUAUAUUUAGAUGAAGUAAUGAAAAAAAGUGUUACCAUGACAAUACUAUAAUAGUACUAUUAUAUACUAUAUAAUUAUUAUUACGGUUAUUAAUAUUGAAAGGAAACGUAAAAAAAACACGUUAACAAUACAAUGAACAAUGGUGCAAGUUACGACAAGAAAAAAUACGAUAAACGAAAAUAAUUUAAAAGUAACAAUUUUUUUAUAUAAGCAUUUAAAUAUUAUUAUAUUGCGUAUAUAAAU